AUGGUGGAAUCCCAGCUGGAAGAUUACUCUUUGGCUGUAGCCAUGCAAUUACCUGCUUCCCCGGCUAACCCACCAUGUGACUCGCGGGCGCAAGAUCCCACAUCGGUGCCUUUGCCUCCAUCUCCAUCUCCUUCUCCUUCUCCAUAUCCGAUGUUGCUACUGGAAAACGUGGGGACAGGUGAGUUCGGUGGCUCGGGCCGUCCCAGUCCCAGGGUAAUGGCCACUGCCAAUGGAAACAAUGCCGUUAUACCUACGGCGCCCCAGGUCUCCUUUGAGGAAUUUGCCACCCGCUACCACCAAACCCAGCGCAAGCAGGCCCAAAGGAAACGACUGGAGAAGCGCCUGCGGGCUACCAAGGUGUCUAUUGGCGUCUCCGCGCGCAUGAUCCGUGUCGGGCUCGCUUCCCAGCGAGGUCUCGUUGAAGCGCUCCGGCACGAUGACAAGGCCAAUUUCGUUGCUCUCUACCACACACUGCAUGAUAUCCAGGAAUCUUGUCACUCACCCUUGAACGAUGACCAGGCGGACUCCAUGGAACUCCCGUCCCCCAUGGACAUUGAUCGUUUCCCGGAUUUCCUUCACCAGAUGAGCCCGCAGUCCAGGGCUGACUUCCUAGAGAUUCUGCGGCUGGUCCGCUCUGACCCUCAGUUCUUGGUCGACCGGUUACGAAGCCUGUCUUCGUCCCAACUGGCCGCUUUUACCUCCCCGGCUACUAUUCUGGACUCCAAUGAUCCCGCUUUUCCUUCUACCUCCCGUGCUCGCGGCCAAUCCUAUCUUAGCCGAAGCCAGGCUCAGUCGGCUGCUUUCAAGGACCACGCUUAUGCCUUUGAGAGGACCGAUCCACUGUCUAUACUUCUCUUUAACGUUUUUGCUGCCCCCUUGGAUCCAGAUACGGCCGAGUCCCGCUUACGGAUGGACGUGUGGUCUUCCGUCUGCGCUCAACUAAUCUCCCAUGGAAGUAGUAGAUACUACCCUCUCAUCGGCCAGAUACUUACUUCCUGGACUAUUGGCAGCAAUUGGAAAGCCCGCCCCAAAUUUGAACUCUACCUUAUGGAUAUUUUGCAAACCGGUGCUUUUCUUUUGGAGCCUAUAACUGCACCGACCGGCUUGGACUUUGAUAUGGAUGCCUUGGAUCCACUGCGAACGGACGUUGCAGAGGAGUUCUUUGCUUCGGCUGUGGAUGACCUGUUCCGCGUACUUGAUGAUCCAGACGGCGGCUUCCCCCACGCUGUUCUUCAGUUUGCCAAGGCCGUUUUGCGGAAACUGGAUAGCCCCGAGAGCCGUAAUCGCUUUUUGGAGUUUUUGUUUGUCCAGUGGUUCUUUUCCAAGUUCCUCUAUGGCGCGUUGACGUACCCUGAGACCCACGGUCUUCUCCUCGACUUCCAUAUCAGAAAGGAUGCCCGCGAGAAGUUGUUGAACCAGGUUGGGCACCGUGCCUACUCUCAAGUAUUUGCUGUUUUGCGUUCAAUGCAUCAUUUCUCAAUCCCUCGUCCAAUUAUCAAGGAGCAUGUUGAGAACAUGCUCUCUCAAGUAUCGGUUGAUUCUCCCAUCCCUUCCUUACAAACACCACCCCCUCGGCGAAAUCCCUCUUCGGCUUUCCUUAUGAUGUCUGCUUUGGAUGUUCUCACGCUUCUAGACGCUCUUUUCCAGCAGUCAUCAUCUGAUUCGUCUCUGCAUUCACCAGCCUCUGCACCUAUGCAUUCGCCCACCCUCUCACCCUCCUUCAGCAUUCGUCCAGAAUCUAUGGAAUCUGCAUUUAUCCGUUCAAAAUAUGAUACUUCAAGGCCCACCUCAAACAACGGUUCCAUAUUCUCACUUAGUUCAUCCAUAUUAGCCGCAGGCAAUGGACUGAGUGAAAAGGCAGCUCGGAUCCGCUUUGAGUUGACUGACCUGGAUCAUCCUAAUGAGCGUUUGAGUCUAGAACAUCCCUCAAACGAGCAUUGGGCAAUAUUUUCGGUUGCAGCAGACGGCCAUGGUCUAACCUGGAGUCUUCUUCCGGAAAGUAAAGAUGACACAUCCAAAAGUCUGGCCAUUGAAAGCGACGAUGACGGACACUCCACUCUUGGGCUGGAUGAAAACCACGAAGCUUUGCAGACUGCAAUCGUUCGUCUUGUCAAAGAAAAUCGCAUCCGAGACUCGGACGAUGAAUUUUUGCCCCGUACACAAAACAUGUCUCUGAAGCAGCAAUUUAAUCAGGCCAUGUCCUCCUGUCACCAUGUCUCUGAUUUCGUCGGUGCGCACUACUGGUGGAAUGCUUCAAGGCAGCUUGGGCAGCGGGCGACACCCAGCUCAACUCGGUCGGACGAUUCAUGGAUUCUGGGUCCGAUGCAUGAUUCUUACAGUCGCUCGUUGAAUCAAUCGCGAGCUGUGAUUGACCGUUGUGAGAGUGAUUUCUUAUCUUUGGAUCACAGCCUGCGCCGACUUCAAACUCAGGUCAAGGAUCUAAUGGCCACGUUUUUCAAGAUCCGUGAUAAGAUGUGGUACAUGACCGAUGUCAAGAACUCCAUGAAAUAUGAAGAGGCUAAGCAUGUGGCUAUGGCUUUGAAAACGAUGGUUUACUCCGCUCGACUGUUCAGCCAAUAUCCUGAAGAGCAGAGAUCUCGCUAUGGACCUCGGUCGCUAGGCGGGUCCUUGUUCCAGAAGCCUGAGGUGCAGGUCAUGAACAUGAUGAAGGCACCUAGCAGUCAGGGUGGACCGAACAAACUGUCGGAUGAACAAGUCGAGCUGACCCGGAAAUGGUUGUCACACAAUGGUAUUGAGAAUUUCUGCAAAGGGGAGGAGCGAAUCCAUCGCUUCUGCUACGAGGUCCGAACGAGCAUCAACAAACUAGUAGGUGAGACAAUGGCCGAGACGCCAGUGCUGUGGGCAAGUGAGCUCUUCCAAAGGGAACGCUCAAAGUAUGAGGGCUACGGUACUCGCGCCUUUCCGGGCCUGUCCCUGCCUAUGACCCCUCGCCCGUCAACAGCGAACGAAGAAACAAACCAUGCUUCCCAGUUCUAUGGAGGCAACCUACCGGUGCCUGAUCCCAUGUCUCGCUUUUCUCAAGAUACUCCUUCACUGGGACGCAAGCCGUCUAUCCAAAGUAUCAUCUCCGACAAGUGGCGGCCUCAGCGAGACCUGCCGUCAAUUGAUGUCUCUUCUCUUGGAGGGUCCCCAGGCCGCCCUGCUUCAACGUCGACUGGUGAUACUUGCAGUACAUUCUGGUCCGCGCCCCAGCGUCACCCCAUGUAUGCUGCGAGUGUAUCAAGCGCCUAUUCGCGGCCACCGUCAAUGUUCAGUGAAACGGCAGCCCGUCAACCCCGUCGUGUCGAACGAAAAACACACGGGAAGACGGCUUUCAUGGAUGGCUUGAGACAGACUCUGACUAGUCUACUUCUCAGUGACCUAGGCUCGCCAGUAUGGAGCUGUGGUAGUGAAACGGACGCCUGGUUCGCGAAUGCGUUGAACCAGAAGCGGAUCCAGAUCGAGAUGCGGAGACGCGCUGCUGUUCAGAGGUUCUAUGCUGAUUAUGAACAGCGGCCUCAGCCGCGUGGUUUGAAAGGUCGUCGGAGCAGGUCUCUCGAUGAUCUCCGUGCUUCUGGUCAUAAAGCUGCUAGUGUAGAGGACUCGCCCAAGGUAUCACAGCCAUCUGAUGACCAGUCGGACUUUUCGUAUAAGGCUGUUUUCCAUCGGUUGAUUGAGGUGUUCUCGCGCCAUGGCAGUCCCUUCGUCAAACUCAAUGCUCUACGCGACCUGCGGUCCUUGGUGAUUGCGUCGUUGAUCUCGCAGGAUGCGGGCUCAACCACGACAUUCGCUGCUGGGGAAAGCGACAUGCGGAGCAGUCCUCAACAGCUUCGUCGGUCGCGCCACAGUUUCUCGGGGGUGCAAAGACGCAACCUCCCCCAGAUGGACACGGUACUACCCUUAUCCACACCUGAAUCCGUGACCGGUGGCUCCAGACGAUCCGACUACUCCACUCCUUCCGAGUCACAGAUCGUGGCAACGAUGCGCGAUCUCAUCUUGGAAGUCAAGCCCAAGACCCUGUUCAGAGAUCUUCAAUUCAUCUCAGCGUUCGUCCCAGGAGAUAAACUAGACCAAACUCGUGGCACGGCUUUCCUGCAGUUUGGUCUAGCGGCACUAAGCCUCAAAGAAGAAAUCUGUUACAGUCUAGUCGAGAUCGCAGACCGCAUCGUCUCCCAGGAACUGUCUCGUCGUCAUCCUCCCUUCGCAUCAGAUUUCAAACCGCAGCCUGGCCAUGCCAUCCAAGAUGCUGCAGGCAUGUGGAUCAUCACCGCAAAAGAGGGUAACCCAGUCGCACAGCGCGAGCUUGCCAUUCUAUACCUGACUCAUCCCGAGCUUCUGCCGCGCGUGACCCUUCCUCUGACUCUUCCGCGGGAUACAUUCAAGGCUGAGAUGAUGUACCGCCGAGACAAGGACUCAAAGUCGGAUCCGCAGAGCAUGUGUCUGGCACUGCACUGGAUGCAGUUGUCUGCCAGUGGGGGUGAUACUCUGGCGCGAAAUAGGCUUCGUGAGCGUGAGGAGUUUGACUCUAUUGCAUAG